CAUACAGAAGGAAAAUAACAAGAAUGACAAGAAGAUCCUGGAACUCAUGUCCAACAUCAUCCAGCUGCUGACUGGAGAGGUUGCCAUAAGGACUCAUCAUGUUUCCAUCUAUUUUUCCUUGGACGAGUGGGACUAUAUAAAAGGAAACAAGGACCAUUAUGAAGAAGGGAUGAAGGAGGAGCCACGGCAGCUCCCACCACUGGAUAAUGAUGAAGAGAUUGUUAUUAAACCUAAUGUGAAAGUAACGUUAUGCUGUGAUAAUGAGCCAAGCAAGACUGGGACUGAAGGAGCAGAUUUUUGUGCCAACGGAAAUCUCACAUACUCUGAAAUUCCUCCAGUGGAACAGCCCCCACCAGCCAAUGGAAUUAAAGAGGAAGUGGCUUCACGUGAAGAGGGAAACCAAUCAGAUUGCAGCAUUAAGCCACUUACAGAACAGAUACAGGGAACAGAUACACCUGGAUGCAGUCUUAGUGAUACUUUGCCAGAAGCCCAAAACUAUGGAAGAAUAUAUAAUAAUAGGAAAAGAACGUUUAAGUUACAGGGGAAAUAUGAAUGUUCCAAGUGUCACAGAAAGUUUAGUAUUAAAAAAACAUUUACCAGGCACCAAAGAAGAAACCACAACAACGAAAAAGGGGUUUCUUCAUCUAGUGAUGGGAAAUUAAUGGCAGAUCCCUCAAAUCUUACGGGACAUAAAAGCAGUGGAGACCAAUCAUUUACUUGUGCCGAAUGUGGGAAAAGUUUUACUCGUAAGAGUAGUCUUAAGGUCCAUCUUCGGAGUCACACAGGAGAGACUCCAUUUUCUUGUUCUCAGUGUGGGAAACACUUUAAGCGACUAUCACACCUUACAGUACAUAACAGAAUUCACACGGGAGAGAAACUAUUUACUUGUACUGAGUGCGGGAAACACUUUAAUCGACUAUCACACCUUACAGUACAUAAUAGAAUUCACACCGGAGAGAAACCAUUUACUUGUGCCGAAUGUGGGAAAUGUUUUAAUCGUAACUGUAAUCUUAAGGUCCAUCUUCAGAGUCACACAGGAGAGAUUCCAUUUUCUUGUAGUGAGUGCGGGAAACACUUUAAGCGACUAUCACACCUUAACGUACAUACCAGAAUUCACACUGGAGAGAAACCAUUUACUUGUGCCGAAUGUGGAAAAAGUUUUACUCGUAACUGUAGCCUUAAGGUACAUCUUCAGACUCACACAGGAGAGACUCCAUUUUCUUGUAGUGAGUGUGGGAAACACUUUAGGCAACUGUCAGACCUCACCAGACAUAACAGAACUCACACAGGAGAGAAACCAUUUUCAUGUUCUGAAUGUGGAAAAUGUUUCACACAGCGUUCAAAACUUCAUGGACAUUUGAAAACUCACACGGGGGAUAAGCCACAUUCCUGUUCUAAAUGCGGGAAAUCGUUCAGACAAAACUCAUGCCUUUGUAAGCAUUACAAAUGUCACACUGGAGAGAACCUUGGACCUUCAAGUACAUAGCAGGAUUCACAGUGGGGAAAAAGGUUUCCGUGCCCUGAAUGUACAUUGAUCACACCUUAAAAGACAUAACAAUUCACACGGGAGAUAAACCAUUCACAUGUUAAAAGGGUGGGAAAGCUGUAAAUCAGGCCGUAACAGGCAUGAAAAAUGUCACUUGGGACAGAAACCGUAUUCUUAUUUGUUCCACUUGUUGUUGCCUCCAUUCCCAGGCUGUGCAGGGGAGCCGGUGGCUCUCGGUUCACUGCACUGUAGGACAGGAACCAAUCCGCAGCUAGCAGGACCGGAUAGGGAACUGAAGUCUGUCUGUGCUUGUGUGACUGCAGGGCUGUGAUUGGCUGUCCCCCUCCUACUGUGCUUCUGGCAGGGACACGCCCACCCCUCAUUUGAAACACAGACAGGGACCAGAGAACAUCUAUAGGGUGCUCCAAUAAAGGGGCUAUUUUUAAAGACAAUAUUAAUUUACAGCCAAAAGUAAAAACAACACCAUAUAGUAUAUAUUAUCGCCUACACAAUAAGGGGGUUUUGUUUAUUCUGUAUGUCUCCUUUAAAAUUAAAUACAAAACUUUGCCAAGUAAAAUUUGUCAGUGUCCUAUAGAAGUCAAUGGCAGGUGCUCUGAUCCUAUUAGACCAUCUUAAUUCAAUUGAGAAUUGUAGAGGUUUUCUGAUAUCGAUUUUCGCUAGAAAUUGUCCAAAAAAGGUUUCUGAGAUAUUCGUUCAGCAAUUUUUUUUUUCUUCCAUUUUUACUCUUUAUAAUGGGAUCUUUUAAUAAAUUCAAAUGACAUUUGUGGUUUUA